GCUCUUUCCAUCUUCUCUUCACCUGUGAUUGGAAUAUGUAACUUCAAUUCUCACGACGAUGAACUUUGGAUCCCACGGCAAGCGACGAGGAAGGAAACGAGCAGUGUCGCUGUCUACACCGCCGCCACCACCACCACCGCGAGUCUUCUCUAAAUGGAGCUCUGCCGAAAUUCCUGACAGUGGAUGGGCAUCCUGCGACUUCAUGGUGGGCUCAGGAAUGGUUAUCAUCCAGCCUUCGUCGCACAAGAUUGUUGUCUGUUAUGAUUCGCUACGGAAGGCAUAUUUUCUACCGAAAGGAAGAAAGGAUAUAGGUGAGUCACUGGAAGAAGCUGCCGUGAGAGAGGCAUACGAGGAGUCUGGGUACGAAACCCAGCACUUCCCGCUCCACAAGGCUACCCGGGCACCUGCCUCGCCUAGGAAUCCUGGUGCAAGAGAUGGCCCCAAUACGGAGCCAGCGUAUAUCUCAGCCCGUUCAUGGGGUCCCAAGAGAAACGACAAUGGUGGCGAAUACCUCACGUUUUGGUAUGUAGGGAUGAUUGGGCCAGACGCUAAGUGGACUCCAGGGACAGGAAUGCCAGAUGAACAACAUUACUCGUCAAAACUGUACGAAUAUGAAGAUGCUUUGCGACUGCUGUGGGGAGGAAGACAGCAAAGAGUCUUGGAAUACGCUUGGGAGCUUUAUCUUCGACACCUCGAAAUAGAAGAAGAGAUACGGAAGCGACGAUGGAAAGUAUAUAUCGACAAAAUAUCCAGAGGAAGACGUAAGGAUCAUACGAAAAUACCGGGAAAUGAAAGAGUUCCCACUCAUCGAACCGCACCUCUUAAACGUAACGUUGAAGAGGGUAGUUGAAGAGGGUAGAUAGUUGAACCAUAUGUACCAUGCCGCAAUUUCUCGAGGUCUGUAGCAAUUAUCGAACCAUGCUGUAUCCGCUCUUUAUCAAAUUUUGCAGUGAGUUGACUUCUUUUCAUUGAGCAUAUUAAUCGUUUUUGUAUCCAAAGCUUGA